CAACGGUCUCCCGAAGCUCUAGGGUACUCUUCAAUCGUAAAUUAGAAACUUAAGGCUCUCGCUUUCUGUUGAGGGUUUCAGUCUGGUUCUUUCUCAUCUCCGGCGACGGCUGUUGCCGCUAGUUACUUGUCUUCUUCUUUGCCAGCGAUCAUGCCCCAGGCAGAGGGCAUUGAACAUCAUGCCAUGGCAGCUGCUGGUUCCUAUGUUUUGGAAUCCGAUGAUGAUGUGGAAGUCACUGGUGAAUUACCAUUGCAAAUGGUGAGCAAGUUGAAUUCAUUCGUGAAUCAAAAACUUGUCCCUUCCCGUGAUGGUGUCUGUGUGCAAGCCUCUAGUUUUAAUUUCUUGAAAGCAUUUAUGGAGUUCUUGACACGCCCAGAAGUGAAUAUACCAGUGUUUGGUAUAGGCCUUGGUCCUGUAACAAGGAGCAGUGUCUAUCAGGCUUCUGUCAUGGGGAAGAAGGUAUUUGCCACCAUCUUGGCACUUAAUGUCAAAGUGGCACCGGAGGCCCGUGCGGUUGCAGAAGAGUUUGGAGUUAAAAUAUUAACUGACGAUGUCAUGGAUAAUUUGGUUAUUCAGUUUAAAAGCUAUGCUGAUGAUUUCAAGAAAGAAAAAGAAGCCGUAGAAGAAGUAAUAUUCCCAUGUGUUCUGCGGAUUAUACCAAAUUAUGUUUUAAACGCGAAGGACCCCAUCAUUUUGGUGGUGGAAGUUAUUGAGGGCAUAGCUAAGGUUGGCACUCCAAUAUGUAUUCCUUCAAGGGAUUUUAUGGAUGUUGGGGAAAUUUCAGCCAUGAAAAUAAAUGAAGAGGUUGAUGAGGUCGAGAAAGGCACAAAGGUGAUGGUGAAGCUAUGGCACACCAAUCUCAAGGAGGAACCAAAGAAAUUUGGGAGGCAUUUUACUGAGGGUGAUGAGCUUGUUAGCCACAUCACUAAGAGGUCAUUAGAUUAUCUGGAAUCUAAUUAUCAGGAUAAACUGUCCGUUGAGGAUCGGAAGCUGGUAGGGAAGCUGAAGAGUCUUUUCGGGAUACAAUGAGUUGCAUUCAAUCGCACUGUGCCUGUGCUUAUAGGAGAUACAGAAAUUUAAAACCUCCUCCCCCCACACCGCCCCCCCCCCCAAAAAAAAAAAAAAAAAAAAGUUUUCUUCUGCUGCUAUUUGAUAAUAACUUUGUUGCAGCAAGUAGAUGUAUAUUGUCUAUAGCUUUUAGUGGAGGGAUGAUUAUUUUUUUGCCAGAGCUUUUGAAAUGUUUCUUUACAAGGGGGAGGAUUAACCUUGCAAUUUUUGUUUAUAUUUGUUUCAUCUCAGAAACCUGCUUACAAUUUAAAUUGCUGGAAUCCUUUCUAUGUUGCUACCUA